AGCUACACCAACUUCAUCAACCCACAUUCGAAAGUAGUGAAGCUCAAGUACUGCUGUCAAAACCAUGGCUGAUCAGGAAAACCAUAUCGAUGGAGAUCAUGAUGUAAUUGCAGAGCCAGGCACGGCAUCAGCAGUGGCCGCAGAUUCGAAGAAUAAUAACCAAGAGGAUACAGGCAAGAGCAAGGAGGAUGCAACCGGUUCAGUACCAUAUUACAAGCUCUUCUCCUUUGCUGAUUCUAUGGAUUACCUGUUAAUGUCUGUUGGUACGAUCAGUGCUAUUGGAAACGGAUUAUGUAUGCCUCUAAUGACUGUGAUCAUGGGAGAAGUGAUUAACUCUUUCGGAGAAACUCCGAAUACCAAAAAAGUGGUUGGUAUAGUCUCCAAGGUUGCUCUAAAAUAUGUUUACUUGGCUUUGGGGGCUGCAGCAGCUGCAUUUUUACAGAUGUCUUGCUGGGUGAUCACCGGAGAGAGACAGGCGGCACGAAUAAGAAGUUUAUACUUGAAGACAAUCCUAAGGCAAGAUGUUGGUUUUUUCGAUAAAGAAGUUACCACCGGGGAAAUAGUUGGAAGAAUUUCAGGUGAUACUGUGCUCAUUCAAGAGGCCAUGGGCGAGAAAGUAGGAAGUAUUAUCCAGUUAGUUGCAACAUUCAUAGGAGGCUUUGUCAUAGCAUUUGCUAAGGGAUGGCGUCUCACCCUUGUCAUGCUGACCUCUAUUCCCCCUCUUGUUUUCUCCGGUGCUGUAUUGAGCUUCACUGUAAAGAGGAUGACUACUCGUGGACAAGCUGCUUAUUCAGUGGGAGCAACUGUGGUAGAGCAGACAAUUGGUUCAAUCAGAACUGUUGCAUCAUUUACAGGUGAGAAGCAAGCUGUAACAAAGUACAACAACUCAUUAGACAAAGCUUACGAGUCUGGAGUGCAAGAAGGUUUGGCAUCAGGGUUUUGUCUUGGCGCGAUUGUGCUUAUUGUAUUCUGCAGCUAUGCUUUGGCAGUAUGGUAUGGCGGAAAAAUGAUACUUGAACAAGGAUAUAAAGCAGGAGAUGUCAUGAAUGUGAUAUUUGCAGUAUUAACUGGCUCCUUCUCUCUCGGACAAGCAUCUCCAUGCAUAAGUGCAUUUUCGGCUGGACAAGCUGCAGCUUACAAGAUGUUUGAGACAAUUAACAGAAGGCCGGAGAUAGAUGCUUCUGAUACUAAUGGGAAGCAAUUAGAAGACAUCCGAGGGGAAAUAGAAUUUAGGGAUGUUUAUUUUAGUUAUCCUGCAAGACCAGAUGAACAAAUAUUCCAAGGAUUCUCACUCUCAAUAUCUAGUGGUGCAACUGCUGCUCUGGUAGGACAGAGCGGAAGCGGUAAAUCGACUAUAAUCAGUUUGAUUGAGAGAUUUUAUGACCCACAGGCAGGUGAAGUUCUUAUCGAUGGCAUUAAUCUCAAAGAGUUCCAGCUGAAAUGGAUCAGACAAAAAAUAGGGCUUGUCAGCCAGGAACCUGUUUUGUUUACUUGCAGCAUUAAAGAUAAUAUUACCUAUGGGAAGGAUGGAGCAACUUUUGAAGAAAUAAAGGCUGCCGCUGAGCUUGCCAAUGCUGCUAAAUUCAUAGACAAAUUACCUCAGGGUCUAGAUACAAUGGUUGGGGAGCAUGGAACUCAGCUAUCUGGGGGCCAAAAGCAGAGAGUUGCCAUAGCUAGAGCAAUCCUUAAGAACCCUAGAAUUCUGCUUUUAGAUGAAGCUACAAGUGCUCUUGAUGCAGAAUCUGAGAGGGUUGUGCAAGAGGCAUUGGACAGAGUUAUGGUUAGCCGGACUACAGUGAUUGUAGCCCACCGCUUGAGCACAGUGAGGAAUGCUGAUACGAUUGCAGUUAUAAAUCGCGGAAAAAUUGUUGAACAAGGACCACAUUCUGAACUAGUUAAGGUUCCUGAUGGAGCAUAUAGCCAGCUUAUAAGGUUGCAACAAAUUAGCAGUGUGUCAGAACAGAACUCUCAAAAUGUUCAGGAAAUUAGGCCAUUGUCAAACUCUAGAAGAGAUAGAAGUCCAAGACUUUCUCCCUUACAAUCCAUAAGUCGAGGAUCAUCUGGAAAUACUAGUCCCCACUCAUUCUCAAUCUCACAUGGUGCGCCUACUGUAAUAGGUGUGCUUGAAAUAGCACCAACUGAACCUCACAUUCUAGCUGCAUCAUCAGAACUGCAUCCAGAAGUCUCACUUAGCCGCCUAGCUUACCUGAACAAGCCAGAAAUCCCAGUGCUAAUUCUAGGUACUAUAGCUGCAGCAAUUAAUGGCGUAAUAUUGCCUAUUUUUGGGGUGUUAAUAUCCAGUAUAAUCAAGACAUUCUUUGAGCCACCUCAUCGACUUCAAAAGGAUUCCAAGUUUUGGUCAUUAAUCUUUAUUCUUCUUGGAGUGGCAUCUCUCUUGGCAUAUCCAUUGAAAGCAUACUUUUUUGCUGUGGCUGGGGGCAAGUUAAUAAGACGAGUUCGAUCACUAUGCUUUGAGAAGGUGAUUCACAUGGAAGUAAGUUGGUUCGAUGAAGCUGAGCACUCAAGUGGUGCAAUUGGUGCAAGGCUUUCUGCAGAUGCUGCCUCUCUCCGAGGGCUUGUUGGAGAUGCUCUAGGUUUGGCUGUUUUGAAUGGAUCAACUGCAAUUGCUGGAUUGGUUAUUGCUUUUGUGGCAAAUUGGCAACUUGCUCUUAUAAUCCUUAUUCUCCUACCUCUACUAGGAAUAAGUGGAUAUUUCCAGGUCCAGUUCCUGAAAGGAUUAAGCGCUAGUGCAAAGAAAAUGUAUGAAGACGCAAGCCAAUUAGCCACAGAUGCUGUGGGGAAUAUUAGAACAAUUGCUUCAUUUUGUGCUGAAGAAAAGGUUAUCAAGUUGUACCACACAAAAUGUGAAGGUCCUAUCAAGGCAGGGAUAAGACAAGGGAUAGUCAGUGGGAUAGGCUUUGGACUAUCGUUCUUCUUGCUCUUCUCUGUAUAUGCAUGUAGUUUCUAUGCUGGUGCUCAACUUGUAGGAGCAGGCAAGACAACAUUCCCUGAUGUUUUUCGGGUUUUCUUUGCUCUAACUAUGACAGCUAUAGCAUUGUCUCACCAGGGUUCCGUUGCCCCUGAUUCAAUUAAAGGAAAGAGCGCUGCCGCUUCUAUAUUUGCACUUCUUGACCAAAAAUCAAAAAUAGAUUCUAGUGAUGACUCUGGAACAACCAUUGUAAAUGUGAAAGGAGAAAUCCAAUUUCGUCAUGUUAGUUUCAGGUAUCCUAAUAGACCUAACGUGCCAAUCUUCCGGGAUCUUUGCUUGACCAUUCACCAUGGCAAGACACUUGCUCUGGUGGGAGAAAGUGGAAGUGGAAAAUCGACAGUGAUCUCAUUGCUUCAGAGAUUUUAUGACCCUGAUUCAGGUCAUAUUACAUUAGAUAGUGUUGAAAUGAAAACUUUACAGUUGAAGUGGCUGAGACAGCAAAUGGGGUUGGUGAGCCAGGAGCCUCUAUUGUUUAAUGACACUAUAAGAGCCAACAUUGCAUAUGGAAAGGAAGGGAUUGCAACCGAGGCUGAAAUUAUAGCUGCAGCAGAAUUGGCAAAUGUCCACAAGUUCAUUAGUAGUUUACAACAGGGUUAUGAUACAAUAGUGGGCGAGCGAGGGGUUCAACUGUCUGGUGGACAGAAGCAAAGGGUGGCUAUUGCAAGAGCGAUAAUGAAGGCACCAAAGAUAUUACUACUAGAUGAAGCCACUAGUGCUCUUGAUGCUGAAUCCGAACGAGUGGUUCAAGAUGCACUAGAUCGAGUUAUGUUGGAUAGAACCACAGUUGUGGUUGCGCAUCGUUUAUCCACGAUUAAGGGUGCAGAUUUAAUAGCAGUGGUGAAAAAUGGAGUAAUUGCAGAGAAAGGUAAGCAUGAAUCUUUGAUCAAUAUCAAGGGUGGCACUUAUGCUUCUUUGGCAGCAUUACAUGCAAGUGCCUCAUCUUAGAGAGCUUUCUAGUCUUUCUGUAGAUCAAAUCCAAUAAUGCAUUGUUUUCCCAAGUGCUGUAUGUCUGUAGUCUGUUCUAGAAGCUAGCUUGUA